AUGUCUUCUCAAUCAGGUCAAUCAGCUUUGCGUUUGGCAAAGGAAUUAAAAGAAUUACAAAAGAAUCCAGUGGAAGGCUUCAGCGCCGGUUUGAAGGAUGAAAAUAAUUUGUACGAAUGGGAUAUUUUGAUCAUUGGCCCACCGGAAACACUUUACGAAGGAGGAAUGUUCCGUGCGAUCAUGACAUUCCCUGAAGAUUAUCCAAACUCUCCUCCAAAGCUUCAAUUCACUACUCCAAUCUGGCAUCCAAAUAUUUAUUCAGAUGGUAAAGUGUGUAUUUCAAUCCUUCACCCACCAGGAGAAGAUGAAUGGGGUUACGAAAAGGCCAGCGAACGUUGGUUGCCAAUUCACUCUGUAGAGUCCAUCUUGAUUUCUGUCAUUUCCAUGUUGAGUAAUCCAAACGACGAAUCACCAGCAAACUUGGACGCUGCCAAGCAAUGGAGAGAAGACAAGGAAGGAUACAAAAAGAAAGUCAGAAGAUUAGUGAACGAUUCUAUUGAGAAUUUUUAUUAA